AUGUCGUGUUCACAGGUAGCGAUCGAGUGUUCUCAGGAGCGGUUCAGUCUUGUUUACCCACAUCCAACCGUUUUUUAUCAAUGGAGGUACACACGUCUUAAUCGUCCUAACACAUUAACAGUAUACAGAUUCAUUUUUGCCAUCAUCUUUUUAACACUACUUAUUAUGGAUUAUAUUUGGAUAAUUAUACAAGAUUCAAAGUUCCCAGACUUUUUAUCCUGGUGUUUGGAUGCAUCUCAAUGGGCUUUGUUAAGCACAGCCAUAUGCUAUUUACUGCUGGCGUGUAAUACCUUAUUUGUGACUAGACAGAAUAAUGGUGAAACAAAUAACGAAUCAACUACGCCUUAUAAGGGCAUUUGGCUAUUAUACACAUGUAGUAUAAAUUCUGUGUAUUCAACCAUGACGCUUCAUUGGAUGUUUAGUGUUACUAAUUCUAACCUUGAGCAAACUUUGAAACAUAGUAUUCCUGGUUGUCUAAUAUUAUUGGAUCUAUUUUUAAACAACAUACCACUGUAUUUAUGUCAUGCUGUCUAUCCUGUUAUCGUCUACUUGGUGUAUCUAGCCAUAGCGACAUUAGGAAUGUAUCUAGCCUACAUAGUAGGUGAUGCAGACAAGACUGUGACAUAUCCUUCGAAUCCAACUGUACUCAUUGGUGGACAUCCAUUGUUGACUAGCGGUUAUCAAGACUUUACAAAUAUACCACGUAUAUUCAUUGUUCUAUUCGGUGCUAUCUCUAUUGGUAUUAUGAUUCAUUGUGUCCUAUUGACACUAGUUAUAACACGUGAUUUCUUAGCUAGCCUUUGUCAACUUAAUACUAAUGAAUGGGUGAUAGAAGAUGAUACCUAUCUGGUUGAUAAUAGUACAUUGGAUCUAUUCAGUAGACAGUCUUCAUCAACCAUUGGAGUGCAUAAUCAAGGUGAGAAUGAGAAGCCUCAUUGA